AAUACCAACUUAUAUUAUUACUGUAGAUGUCGCUUUGUCAAGGUCUUCAUCUUUUUCUUAUAUUAUAGAACAUCAGGUUUAAUAACCAUAAUUAUUCUACGCUAAAGUAAAAUCCCUUUAAUAAGAUGCUGGCAACAAUUUCGCGACUAACUUUAAAUGAAAGAACGUGGUUACCCGCUGUUCAAUGCAUUUCCAAAUAUAUUCAUACCACGGAUAUCAAUUUACAAGAGUAUCACAAGAUACGAGACACAAAGGUUUGGAAUCGAAUGAAUGAAAUUGUAUACCCUCCUCAAAGAAAUGAUGAAAAACGUCGCCCGGCAGAAAUAUGGCAUAGUCGAGAAAAUAUUAAAUAUAGUUAUAAGAAGUUAUGGUAUAUUGCUGCAAUGAUUCGAGGUAUGUCAAUUGAUGAAGCUCUAAAGCAAUUAUCUUUUUAUCCAAGAAAGGGAGCUAUCCCUGUGAGAGAGGUGCUAUUAGAGGCUCAAGAGAAAGCGGUUUUAGAGAAUAAUGUCGAAUUUAAAUCCAACUUAUGGAUUGCUGAAUCAAAAGUUGAAAGAGGUUUGAUUGUUAAGGGUAUUCGAAAGCAUGCUCGAAUGAGAUUCGGAACAAUUCACUACCGUUAUACGAACUACUUUGUUAAGCUCCAAGAAGGAAAUCCUCCAAAAGACUAUUAUACACCAGUUGAUCCAUCAGGUAAAGAAAAAUACGAGGAGAAAAUGAAAAAUUUACGAAAAAGGACAAUAAUAUUUGGUUUAUAGACAAUAUAACAUUUGUACUUUGUACAUAUAAGAAACAAAAUAAAAUAUUAUAUGCUGUGUA